ACCAAUUCAAAUCAACCAAAAAAAAAGAAAAAAGAAAAAAAUUCCUCCAAGACAAUAUGCCUAGCUCAUACUACAACGACAACAACAACUACUCUUACUGGGAUUACUUCUCAAUCCCUCUUCAUCUUUUCAUUUUCAUCCUCAUCGUCCUCUUCAUGUUGGUCUUCUCAUGGUACAUAAAUUAUGAGUCCAGGUUCGAGGACAUGAUGACUCUAGCCAAGUUCUUCCUCAUUCUCCUUCCUCUCCUUCUCAUUAUCCUCUUCCACUGCCUUCCGCUUCCCGAGAAGGACUCGCUUCACCGCGCCGGCGCAACGCCAUGGGGUGUCGCCUUCGUGCUCGUCUUCCUCUUGUUCAUGAUCUCUCACCAGUCUUCGUUUCACGAGCGCUGGUUUCCUUUUGUGGCUAGAUGAUGAUAUUUUAGGGUCCAUUAUGUAUUCUGAUCAUUAGUGUAUUAUAUUAUUAUUAGUUUUGUCAUACAAAGCUAGCUAAUUAUUCACUAACUAUAUAUGUAGCUUGUUUUGGGUUAAUUAUAUAUGUAGCUUUACUUUUUAA